AUGGUAAAGUUGUUCUUUAUGGUGAGUGCUAGUAUACUUGCACUUUCAGCAGUAUGUGGGUCUAGUAUAUUUGAAGAUAUUCCGAAAUCUAGUCCACAAUCUAGUGUGUCUGAAGAUCAAGUUAAUGGAGAAUAUAAUGUUCCCAUGAGUAGUCUUGCUCAAUUUUUAUCUAAUUUAGAUAUGGAAGCAAGUCUUUCUGGGAAUAAAAAUCCCCAGAUUCCUGCCCAAGCGGGUUUUAGUGUUGGUGCAGGUGGAGCAAGUGGAGCAGGCGGUGUAGGCGGUGUAGGCGGUGCAGGCGGUGUAGGUGGCGCAGGUGGAAAUGCCUGGAGAACUCUACCUUUAUUUACUGGAGUAAAAACACCACUUAUGGAAUCUACCAAAACAAAGAUAUACCUCCAAAGAAAUGACAAAAGUGUAGAUGUAUACACUAAUCAUCACAUUGUUCCUUUGAACAUUGAAGCAGUAGAAACCAUGGAAUAUAUUGUGCUUACACUGGACUUAAAGGUACCAAGCAUGAUGGGAAUCAUUGCAGAAACUAAUGAAGUACGUGGAGACCUUAUUGUCAAAUUAGUUACCAAAAAGAACCUGCACAUUGAUGGAACCUGCCUAUCCUUACUGCCAGCCAGUAAGCUCAACAUAUCGACCAUUCUUUGCUCAGCAGAAGAAAACUCAAUUGGUUUCAAGAUCCAAUGGAGUGAAAUUUUCAGAUUUUACAAGGAUUUGUCUGCAAGAAUGAGUUUGCUCUCACAAACUUACCAGGACCCUGUACAUGUAUUGGGAGAUCACCCAUAUAAGAUACAGGUUUUCCUUUACAAGAACUACAACCUUCCUACAAUCGAAACAGAAAAAAAUGUAAAAAACUAUAUUCUUCAGAAAGAAACCGAAUACCCAGGCAGCAUAGAGAAUAUAUACACAAUAGAUAAUGUUUUAAAAGGCCAAAGUGGUCAAGUGCACAGGUUAAUUAAUGUGAAGGUACAUAGCACACGCUGUGACAGUGAGUUUGAAAAAAUAAGAGCUAAUAUGGAGAGUAUAAAGAACAAAUAUGAGUAUAUCAGUCUUCCAAAUAAGAUUUUGGACCAUGUGCUUCUUAAUAAUAUUGUCCAUGUAUUCACAAGUGGAAGCAUCUUGAACAGUAUUCUGCACAACCAAUUUUUGAAUAACGAGAAUAGUCUUAAAUUGUAUGCUAAUAGCAAGAAAAAGGCAUACCUCAGGAAGGGAUAUAGAAUUCUGAACUCUGCAGGUCUGUUUGUUCCUAAGGAUCUUUUGACAAAGAAAAUGUACAACUUGGGAAUUGGAGAAGUUAUUCCAGCAGACUUCUUAAAGAAGAGAAAUGAAAUUACAAUCAACAGUGGUUCCAUUAGGAGAAUUAGCCAGACAGAGUUACUUUUCUCGCAUAUGACUAAAAGUGCAAUGAGCGAUGUAGAGGGCGUUAAGAACAUAACUGCAUUGAACCUUCUUCUGAUGGCAGUCAAGACCUUGGUAUGCCAGGUGACAGAAACCCCUAAGAGUGGUGUAAGCGAAAUAGACAUAGUGAACAUCACACAGGUAAUCGAGCCUGCAAUUAGGUACGCCAUUAAGAACAAUGAAAACCACAAAGUUCUUUCUGCUGCUCUGUACUAUUACAUUGUGCAGGUAAUGUAUGUAGCCAGAAAGGCAAAGCUAAACUACAGUGUGCUUCUUGGGUACUUGAUAUACAUUGAUGACCAGUCACAAUACCUGACCACCGUGCAAAAAUACCAGCUGGAGAGAAUGAUCAUUACAUCUCCUGCACUUGGAAACAACUUCAAGAAGGUCAUUCUUGGGUGCGUGUGCUAUGAAAGAGAGUACAAUGAGACCAACUCGUCUUUAAGCCAAAUUUGCGCAGACAGAAUGGUUGCAUGGUGCACAAAAGACAAGUCUGCAUAUCCAAACAGAGUUUGCUUGGCCGGAUGUGCUUGCAUCGGUAGCUUAAUGUCAGAGCAUGAGGGAGACGAAGACAUCUUGGUAUGCCCAUUCACAGGAGAGGCAGUCAUUGACAAAGACGGAUCAAUCAACAGCAGGCUGGCUAACAAGUCAAAGGGCAAGAAUGCAAUGUCAAGAAAGCCUCUUUCUAGAAAGCCUGCUGGAUCUGGAUCUAUUAGCUCUGGAACAAAGACAGUUAUAAGUGUGGUUGCGAUAUCCUCUGCCAUAAUAAGCAUGUGCUCUUGCGCCUAUUAUGUUUUCUUUGUUUAA